CGCCCUGGGCCCCCGUAUUGAGCCGUCCCGAUCUCUCGUCUCCUUUGAGCGUGUACCAAGCUGCCGAGGUAAAUGCUACCGGGCACCAUGACUUUGGUACUUUUGAGCAUCAGUUUCCUAUCUACUAUCCAUCUCAAUGAGCCCCAAUCCGGAUCCUACAUACUUCACAACAGAGUUUACUUAAAGUGUAACGUAUAUCGGACAACAAGUCACUCAUCUGUUGUUACUAGAAGAGGAUUGCUUAGAUGCUGUCACAGAGAGAAAUCGUGGCCAGACGUUGCCGGCGCCUGAAGCUUCGAAUUCGAGGUCACACAUUCACAAGAACAUGAAAUUUCAAGCUUGAAAGCUCGUUUCAUU